AUCGGACUCGCGGCCGCGCGGCUCGCACAUACACGCGCGCAUCGUGCCGGGCGGCGGUCGCGGAGAUCGUAAUAACAUUAUUGCACCGCGGUCUUUGGAUCCAAAGCGAGCGACCAAUCACGUGAUGGAUUAAUCAAAAUAUUACCACAAUAUACAGACUUAAGAGAAAUUUUCAUUGUAUCCACAUUCCACAUCCACACGUAGUGGUGAAUUUAAAUUUUUCAGAUUCAAUAAAUAAAAACCUGUAUGAUGCACGAAUUGAGAGCUGAAGAAUUUGCUAUUAACUUUGAAUUGAUGAAACGAUCCAGGUUCUAUCAUAUAUUUAAUCCAAACGGUUCAAAGAUUUUCAAUUAUAACGCUUACCGGCUAUUAUUGAUUAUAUUAUUGGUAUUAGUGAACGGAAUUGUCGUUUACAGUUCUUUAGGAUUUUUUGUGAAGAUGGAAGAUACUUUGAGUUACAUUGAUUCCUCUGUAAUUAUAUUCGUUAUGAUUAAUAUUUUUUUAUGCAAUUGGCGGUUUUCCGUUUUUUUGUACAACGCUAAAAUAAUAUAUGAUGUGUUCAACGUUUCACGGUUUGAUUUUUUUAAAAGCAAACAUUGUUGUAAAAAUAUAAAUGUCCUAUGCGGUCAUCGAGACAGAACGAUUAAAAUCACCAAUUACUUUUUCGUAUUCUCGUCGACAGUGAUGUCACAGUGGGUACUAUUUCCUCUCGUGCUUAUUGCGUUCACAGCACCUGAAGACGAAAAUAUCCGCCAACAGAACAUUAUGAACUUGCGUUAUCCUGUAUCUACCCACACAUACAAUCAAUAUUAUUACUUAUUUUAUUUGAUGGAAGUAAUAGUAGCAAUAUUUACUAUGUACUCAAUGAUAAUACCAGACAUACUGUUAAUGUCUUGGUGUUGGGCUAUAAUUGCUCAACAGGAAAUUCUUAUUCAGACAUUCAAAUACUUCGGACACGAAGAUAGCUCACAAACAGUACAUUAUGAAGAUUUUAAAUCAAUUUUGGUUGAUCAAAUACAACUUAAUCUGAAAAUUAAAUCAUUUUAUUCAGUUGUGCGGCCUGUUGUUUUAACAUACGUUGCUAUUAUAUCAACAUGUUUCAUAAUUGUGACUUAUGUGUUAAUUGUGGUUUGCUUAUCAAAGGAAUCAAAUUCAGUUCUCAACAUUAUCAAGCUUGGGUCAUCAGCUCUAUAUAUGUGCUUAGACUUAUUUUUAUAUUGUUAUUUAUUUGACAGUAUGAAUAUUAAACUAGAAUCCGUUAACACUAGUAUAUAUUCUUGUAAUUGGACGAAAAUGGAUGUAAAAUUUAAAAAGUUAUUAUUUUUAACAAUGCAGAUGAAUAAUGCCAAUAAUUUAAUGAUAAAAGCUUCGCCGAAAAAAAUCGUCAACCAACAAUUAUUCGCUAACAUUAUAUCGAUGUCUUACAAUAUUGUUUCCGUUAUGUUGAAAACUACAAGUUAAAAAAAUCUAAUUUUCAAAUAGAUCUAAAACUUCAAACAAUUAAUAAAUUAGACAAUACUAUAAUAUAGGUAGUAUAAACUAUAAAUAAUGCUUUUAAAAAAAAAGGAAUGGGUAAUAAUAAUUUAUAUUGUUAAAAAUUAAUGUUAUAAAUUAUAAUUUAUAGAAAUGUGUAUAGAUUAUUUUUAAAAAUGUAAAUUAUUAUGUUUAUAAUUAACAAACAAAGAAUAGUAUAUCAUUUAUUACUUUUAAAGCAAAAUUGACCCAUAAUUUGUAUUUUUAAAUAUGAUUCUGCUACUUAAAUUUUUUAAUAAAAGCACUUUAAGACUAUAAUAUAAAAUACUUAGAUUUUUAUGACGUUUAAAACGUUGUAGGUACUGUUGUAACUCGCAAUUCAAACAAUUUUUUUUAUGAAUAAGUGUUAGCUGGUAGUCGCUUAAAUGUUUUAAGACUAUUUUUUUCUGAAUUCAUUACUCAUUAUAAAUACUUUUAAACGCCUAUUUUUGAACAAAAAUUGUUUUUUUUUAAUUACUAUCAUCUCGACUAAACUAUUUCCCCAAAUCACAAUUCACGGAAUAACUAAUUUAAAUUUACCUACAGUAAAAGUUCAACAAAUUGCGCUAAAAACAUAAAUAUCUAAAACAUAGGUAGGUAGUAGCCUAGUACCUAGUACCUACUUAGAAAUAUUCAUCAUACUACCCCAAUAGAGAUAAUUAAAUAUUAAUGAAUACGUUUAUUGUUACUUCUGAAUAUACUACUAUACAAUUCGUCCACGCCAAAAACGUGGACCUUAUACUCAGGUAAUCUGAGUAUAAGGUCUAUGGACUAUGGCCAAAAAGGUACUUUUUUAGCCACUUUUUUUUGUGAAUUUAGAGACUGCUCUUAUGCCAAAAGGUAAGUGGUAGUCCAUAGAAUACUACCUUUAAUCAAUACAAGUCUUUAAAAAAUUAAGCACAACAGCUAAUUUCAGGCAAUAUAAAUAGUAUAAAUAGGUAGGUAUAAGUAGAUUUACAGAUUUAAAUAUAUUCAACUAUAAUAUACUCAAUUAAAAUACCUAACUAUUCAAUAUUAUAUUUUUUUUAAAUAUUAUGUGUAGGUACAGUC